GUGAGGGAUACAGCGUCGUCGGUCGAACAUACUGAACAACGGCGAGGCUCUUUCAGCUACCCGGUUCUGCUACCAUCGUAGCGACAGAAGCACCACACUUGGCACGCUUCCUUGUGGUGCUAUAUAAGCAUUGAGCAGUUCCACCGUCCUGAUCAGCUCCGUUACGUGCGCCUCCUUCCCGUCUCUCCUUCAUCGCCAUGUUGGCGCUCGUUCUUUCUUUCACGUACGGCUUUUUGGCCUCUGCGCCUGCUGCUCUCGCGCUAGGGACGGCAUGCUCUUCUGCCCUCACCAGCGGAACCGCUGCCCCCACGGAUCCUUAUUGGAUGCAAAGCAUCAAGCACCAAGGUAGUUCAGCCUUCAACCCGGAUCCUGGUUCCUACCCCGUCCUCCGUAACGUGAAGGACUACGGCGCGGUUGGCGACGGUAAUGCAGAUGACACCGAUGCCAUUAACUGUGGCAACGGGACUUGCCCAUCGUCCACCGUCACACCCGCGGUUGUUUACUUCCCUCAGGGUACCUACAAGGUAUCGGCCCCGCUCAACUUGACAUAUUAUACGCAGAUGAUCGGUGAUGCGAAGGUACCACCCACCCUGCUGGCCUCGUCGGAUUUCGCGGGAUUGGCGGUCAUCGGUAAGUCAAGCACUCGCAAUGUCUCGAGUUGGUACGGCGCCACGAACAACUUCUACCGUGCCGUGCGCAACUUCGUCAUUGACCUGACCAAUACCCCGUCGAGCGCCACCUCGACCGGCAUCCACUGGCAGGUCUCGCAGGCCACGUCGCUUCACAAUGUCGUCUUCGAGAUGAGCACCGCGAACGACACGGCGCACCAGGGUGUUUUCAUGGAGAGCGGUAGUGGAGGCAAGAUGGGAGACUUGGUCUUCAACGGAGGCAAGUAUGCUAUGUGGCUGGGCAACCAACAAUUCACUGUUCGCAACGUGACUAUGAACAACUGCAAGACCGCUGUCUACAUGGCCUGGAACUGGGACUGGACAUUCCAGGAUGUGACGAUCAACGGCUGUGAAGUUGGCUUCGACGUGACGACCGGUGGUGUGUCCAAGGCUAUGCAAACCGCCGGGGCGAUGGCAAUCAUCGACGCUACCGCGUCCGAUACGCCUAUCUUCUACCGGACCUCCCAAGCCUCCAACGGCACACUCGCCGGAUCCGUUGUCCUCAACAACAUUGUGCUGAACAACGUGCCCUCGGCCGUCAGCGUCCUCAACGGCGCCGAGGUGCUCCCAGGUGGCACGACGACGAUCAACAGCUGGGGCCAGGGUAACGUAUUCUCCGGCACGGGCGGUUCCGCGACAUUCACGGCGGGAGAUAUCACUGGUCCAUCCAAGGCGAGCAGCCUCAUGGCGGGCGACAAGAUCUUUGGGCGGACGAUACCGCAGUAUGAGGACUACGCUGUGGAUCAGUUCCUGUAUUCGACAAGGUAUGGAGACCUUCCGGGUGUGCAUCGCACCGUACCGGUCUCCUACUACUCCGGCUGCUCCAUCAUCUACUUCGACGCCGGAACCUAUGUCGUCACCAGCACUCUUCAGAUCCCCGCGGGCACGCAGAUGGUCGGCGAGGCAUGGGCAGCCAUCAUGGGAUCUGGUUCGGCCUUCGAGGACCAGACCAACCCCUUACCUGUCGUCCAAGUCGGCGCACCAGGAUCGUCAGGCAUCAUGGAAAUCUCGAACAUGGUUUUCACCACGAAAGGACCUGCCGCCGGUGCGAUCGUCGUCGAGUGGAAUGUGAACUCACCCGCUCAAGGCGGCGCUGGCAUGUGGGACAGCUACAUCCGUCUGGGAGGUGCUGCAGGCACGGAUAUGCAGGUGUCGCAGUGCGGCGGCAUGGAGAUGUAUUCGCCGUCUUGUUUCGCGGCCUUCCUCGGCUUGCACUUGACUCCCAGCUCGAAUGCAUACAUCGAGGGCACUUGGGUUUGGCUCGCAGACCAUGAUCUUGACGACGUCUCUCAGAGCAACGUGACUCUUUACAGUGGCAGGGGUAUCUUGUCAGAGUCUGCAGGACCUGUCUGGAUGAUUGGCACGGCUGAGCACCACGUCCUGUAUCAGUAUAACCUCGCCGGGGCGCAGGACCACUACAUCGGAGUGAUGCAGUCGGAGUCUCCCUAUUUCCAACCUCUACCAGUUCCCCCGCUCCCGUUCUCUAUCAACGGCACCUACAAGGACCCCAGCUCCCCCCUGGACUUGACCGCUGCGUGGGGCCUCUCCAUUCAGUCGUCGACAGACAUCACUGUCUUCGGCGCCGGCCUCUACAGCUUCUUCCAGGACUACAACCAGAUCUGCCUCGAUACGACUACCUGCCAGACGCAGAUCGUCAACGUGGACUCAUCGUCCACGGGGAUUAGCGUUUACAGUCUAUCGACUGUCGGUGUCGUCAACUCGCUGAGUGUCGUCAGCGCGCCUGUCAUCGCAGCUAUCGGAAACGUUGACGGUAUUCAGAACACGAUCACGGCCUGGACACAGUGA